GGCGCGGCCGCGGCGGGCGCGGCUGGAUUGGCUGGGCCUGGCCGAGGCGGCGGAGGAGAGGGUGCGCAAGCUGUUCGACAGCCCCGGGGGGGAGGACUUCGCGGGCGUGCGGCGGGAGCUCGAGAGGAUCGAGGAGGAGGAGCGCGGCGGCGGCCUGUCGCCAGAGGCAGUGGCCGCACGGCGCCGCCAGCUGGACGCGGAGCACGCGGCACUGAGCUGGCGGGAGGCACUGAUCCAGGAGAUCCGGGAUGCGGAGCUCGAGGCGCCUGGCCUUCCCGCGCCCGACGCCGAUUUCAACGAGCUCGCCGACAAGAUGAACAGACAGUUCAGGUACCGUCGGCCCAGGGAUGCGUGGUCAGUUGACGCCCUCCGAUCUUCCGAGAUUGGUUCCUCCGGGAGCUGGCCGAGAGCACGGCCGCGGCGUGCGCCGAGCGGGCCAGCGGCGCGGACGUGUGCUCUCCGGUCGAGGGGCAGGUCUGCAGGAGCGUCCUGA